AUGCCCAUUAUUGUUUUUGAAAAUAACGAACUUUGAACACGUGUCCUACACAAUUCGCCACAACCCUCACAUCGUAGACUGUAGAGCUUACUUUUAAGAAAAGAGGCGGGAAAAAAGAAACCUCACUCUAACUCUGUUUCUCUCACAACUCUUUCUCUCUCUCCAAUCUCCAUUGCAACAGACAUAUUCAAAGCAAAGAAAAAACUUGGACAACACCUGCGAAAAGAAGUAUACUUGAAGCACAAGACGAAGAAAAUGGAAGGAAUGAUGAGUUCAGUAUCAACAGUGAAAGCGAUGAUUGUGGUGAUCUUGAUGUGGACGAUUCUGUUUCGAUGUGUUUCUGCUGCUGUGAAUCAUACUGUUGGUGGUUCAUCUGGUUGGGAUCUCUCCUCCAAUCUCUCUCUCUGGUCUACUUCCACUUCCUUCUCCGUCAACGACUCCCUCGUGUUCAACUAUACCCCGGAUCAUGACGUCUUCGAAGUGAGCAAGUCGGAUUUUGAAACAUGUCGCAUCAACAGCCCUAUAUCUACGCAUGACUACGAUGAUGAAAAAGGACAGACAGUAAUCCUGCUUAGCCAACCAGGUUGGAGGUACUUUGUCUGCGGCAGGUCAAACCACUGCACCCAGGGUCUGAAACUAAGCAUCCAAGUUCUGAAUCAGCCCAACAACACAAGCUCUGACGACAUCGAAGAUGAACCAGAAGACCAUGAACCAAUCCCAGCUACUGGAGGUGGUUCUAAUGGUAGUGGGAUACAGGGCGAUAUUCCCAAGCAUGGUCCACAUUCGUCUGACGGCUACAGUAACUUCAACGCAGUCACUACUGGAAGGUGUUUGCUGCACCUGAGCAUCUUCAUGAUGGGAAUUAUGUGCAUUUUCUGUUUUCCUGAAUGUUGGCGUUUGCAAAUGGCUGGUGUUUGACUACUAGUCUGGACGAUGCUGAACUAGUGAACUGUAAGUGCCUGAAAAGUUUAGGUGGUGCAUGUACUGACAAGAUAUCUAGUAGUGUUUCAGCUCAAGUACAUAAUGAUAGUAAUCGCAGCUGUGAGAAUUUAGUUGUGCAAUUAAACUAGUCCCUCGAUAAAUUUGUUUUGCUUCAUCCUGCUGAUGAGCGGUACAUUUCUAUCUGUGGUUUCAUCAUUGAUAAAUUGCUGGGAUUACAAUGUA